CUGGGGAAUAGGACUUGUCCAGUAACGGCGUCGUAGAAAGUGAGCGAAAGUGAUACAGUGUCAUGAUAAAUUCGCGCGAACGUUUGUCCGUCGAUACCUCUUUCGAGGCUCCGUGAAAAGAACAAGGAAAACGGUGAAUCUGGUUCCCGUGUAGAAAAAGGUGCGCGCGAGUUCGAGGAGUGAAAGAUCGAAUCGGUGUGGUUCGCGCGGACGGCCAUAACUGGUGUGUCUCUGGCAUUCGGUUUACGGUGGUGAUCGCGACGUAGCGAAAAGGGCAGAUGCCCUUACGCGGUUCGUGCUCCCAUUGGCGGGUAAUCGGCGCUGCUCACUCCGGAUCGACGUAUUCAUCUAGAUCCGGUGUUGUCGAUCGCGGCACGUUCUCGUGCUUACUAAACUACGGAAAUACAAGGACGAGCGGUCAGCCGCCCCCCGUGGGGGGCAAUCGUGUUGGAUACGACGACAGUCUUCUGGUGAUCGCCGCUGCUGCUUCUUGUUGCGGUGAUCUCUGUCUGGCAGGAACGGCAGCGGAGGCAGCGCCGUCAACAACAACGGCGACAACGAGAACGACAGCAGCGCCAUCAACAGCGCGGCCGCCAUCGUACCGAGAAGAGGAAGAGGCAGCAGCAGCAGCAGUAGCAGUAGCAGCAGCUAUUCCUUCGAGGAGAGAAAGACGAAGAAAUGCCCGUAGGUCCGCGAACGGCGACGCGAUUAAACAUGGAGGCCCCGUCCAGUUUCUAACACGGUGGCCAAGUCUCGUUUAAAAUCCGCACCACCAACGGAGCCUCUUGAGAGAGCGCUCCUCGAGUCGGCUGCCUAAUAGUCGCCUUUCCUUUGCCCCCGUGCUACUUUUCUUCGCGAGGCCCGCGAGCCCGGAGGAUGGAGCUACGCGUUGGUAAUAAGUACCGGCUCGGACGGAAAAUCGGGAGCGGCUCCUUCGGCGACAUUUAUCUAGGUACCAACAUCUCCACCGGCGAGGAAGUCGCCAUCAAGCUAGAAUGCAUAAAAACACGGCAUCCGCAGUUACACAUAGAAUCCAAGUUCUACAAGAUGAUGCAAGGCGGAGUUGGUAUACCUACUAUAAAAUGGUGUGGAUCGGAAGGUGACUACAAUGUAAUGGUAAUGGAACUGCUUGGUCCAUCGCUGGAGGAUCUGUUUAAUUUCUGUUCAAGAAGAUUUUCUUUAAAGACAGUGUUGCUUCUCGCCGAUCAGUUGAUAUGUAGAACGGACUAUAUUCACAGUCGUAAUUUCAUCCAUCGGGACAUUAAGCCAGAUAAUUUUUUGAUGGGACUGGGAAAGAAGGGAAAUCUCGUGUACAUUAUAGAUUUCGGAUUGGCUAAGAAGUAUCGCGAUGGCCGCACUCACAAGCACAUACCAUACCGAGAGAACAAGAAUCUGACGGGAACAGCCAGAUACGCGAGCAUAAAUACGCAUUUGGGAAUUGAGCAAUCACGGCGAGACGACCUUGAAUCCUUAGGGUAUGUUCUGAUGUACUUCAACAGAGGUAGCUUACCCUGGCAAGGUCUGAAAGCAGCAACCAAGAGGCAGAAGUACGAGCGUAUCUCGGAGAAAAAGAUGUCCACGCCUGUCGAGGAACUGUGCAAAGGUUUUCCUGUAGAAUUCGCGUCGUAUCUAAGGUAUUGUCGAGGGCUGCGUUUCGAGGAGAGGCCCGAUUACUCGUACCUUCGACAACUGUUCCGGACGCUGUUCCACGGACAGGGCUUCACUUAUGACUACGUGUUCGAUUGGAACAUGCUGAAAUUCGGGAACGUGAGGCAACCGACAUUGCCGUCGGCGCAACAGGCGCCGAUGCACUCGCAGCAGACGAACACGGCGCUGCCCUCCGGGACCAAUAACGAUCAGGAGCAUCGAUCAAGGCCCUACACGCGGCAGUGUCUAGCGAACGCGUCGGUGGCGACGGUGGGCCCGACCGUGGGCACGGCCUCGAAUCUGAGAAGUAUGCGGCAGAAGCGUGAGGCGUUGGACACUCUCCGCGAUCAGGACAAUCAGGACAAAAGCGAGCUCCAAGCGUCGGGCGCGGGCGGCCAGGAACGAAGGGUCAGCAUGAGGUUGCACCGUAGGGAUGCAGCCGCGGGUGAAAUGCAGCCGAAGUCCAAGUAACCGAAAGCCAACACACUAAUUCUAAAUCACGAAAGUAGGCAAAGAGGGGGCGAAAUAAUCUCCUCCUGUGCCACGGUACCGGACACGCCUGCGGGAUACCCGAGAAAUCGUGGAGAAAAAACGUUCGCCCGACGGCGGUCCUUCUCUCUUGACGGCGUCCCGUCGAUCUCGAAUUUCUUGCUUUCGUGACUUUGAUCCCUCCCCCUUCUCCCGUUCCUCUGCCAGAUCGAUCGACCCUCGACACCUCCAUGCAUCCACGGACAGAAACAAAAACAAAAGAAUCAUAUCCAUAUUCGUACACGCAUUCGUCAACCGAGAAAACCAAUUCACACUUGACUGUCAGAACGAACACGAACCAAAACAAAGAAAAACGAUCAUUUUCCGAUCGUUUCGCUCGGAAUCGACGAGAUCUUUCGACACGACGAGAGACACACGAGUCCAAAUUUCCCAUCUAACGAUCUUAUCGAGAACCAAAAAAAAAAAAAAAAACCGUGAGCAAAGCGAAGGGAAGAGGGACGAGGAACACGGACGGAGGCCGAGAGAGAAAGAGCGAUAGACAAAGAGAGAGGGAAAGGGCGGAGGCCCCGUUGAAGUCAUAAAAUAAAAGAUAAAAAAAAUGAACGUUUCGAUCGAAUGAGAUAUUUACGGUGAGCAAAAGGGGGACGGUGGCGCGCCUAAUGUCGCUGUUUUGUGUGUCUUUUGUUUUGGAAGCGCCAAUGCGACGGCAAUGGCCCCGCCCACCAUCCGGAGGGACAGGCUAGCAGGCUGGCACCACAAGUGAAUCAACGACACCAGCAAUAGCAGGCUCGUCGUCAACGUCGUCGUCGUUAUCGUCGUCGUCUUCACCAUCCGGAACAACGCCGUCAUCGUCGACAGUGUCGUGUCGGGCCAGUGUGUCAAUGGCCGCUUAAGCUCGUAACCGACACCACUAUACAGGGGAUCGAUCUCCUGACAGGAGCCAGGUCGACGACGAUCUAUUCGGACCGAUCGAUCUAAGGAUUCCUCUUGAGAACCACUCCGUGCGUCAGGCCUAGGUGCGUCAGACCUCUGUGGAUCACACCUAGGCGAGUCAGACCUCUGUGGAUCACACCUA